GCAGCGGAGGACGAUGCCCGCGGGCGGAGCCGGCGAGGGCCAGGCGCCCCCUAGGGUUGCCCCGCCACAGCCGUCCCCUCACCCCGGCCGGCCUCUGCUCGCCGCCUCGCUGCCGUCGCCCCGGCGCGCCGGCUCCCUGUUGCGCUGGGACGAGGUGCCCGACGACUUCGUGGAAUGCUUCAUCCUGUCGGGUUACCGGAGGCUGCACUGCACGGCGCAGGAGUGCCUGGCCUCGGUGCUGCAGCCCACCAACGAGACGCUCAACUUCUGGACGCACUUCAUCCCGCUGCUGCUCUUCGCCGGUAAGUUCUCCCGCCUGCUGCUGCUGCGCGGGGCCGGCGACCUGCCCUUCCAUCACCCCUCGCUGCUGCCGCUGUGGUGCUACGCGUCGGGCGUGCUGCUCACCUUUGCCAUGAGCUGCACAGCCCAUGUGUUCAGCUGCCUCUCCAUACGCCUACGUGCCGUCUUCUUCUACCUGGACUACGCCUCCAUCAGCUAUUACGGCUUCGCCAGCACGGUGGCCUAUUACUACUACCUGUUACCCAAGCUGAGCCUGCUGGAGCCGCGCAUGCUCAGUCGCUACCUGCAGCAGCGCCUCGGCUGGCACGUGGACUGCAGCGCGCCCAUCGCCGCCUACAGCGCGUUGGUGCUGCCGGUCGCCUUCGCUUUGGCCGUGGCCUGCACCGUAGCCUGCUGCAAGAGCCGCUCCGAGUGGUGCGCCUACCCCUUCGCCAUCCGCACCUUCGUCUUCGUCAUGCCGCUCAGCAUGGCCUGCCCCAUCAUGCUGGAAAGCCUCUUCUUCGACCUGCAGGGCCACAACCCCAUCCUCUUCUUGUACUUCUACCGCCGCUACUUCUGGCUGCUGGUGGCCGCUUUCUUCAACGUCAGUAAGAUCCCCGAGCGGAUCCAGCCGGGCUUGUUCGACAUAAUCGGCCACAGCCACCAGCUUUUCCACAUCUUUACGUUCCUUAGCAUCUAUGACCAGAUGUUCUACGUUGAGGAGGGCUUGCAGCACUUCCUACAAAGCCCCCCGCCCGCCUCGCCUACCUUCGCGGGCACCAUCGGCUACAUGCUGGGCUUGAUACUGUGCCUUGCCCUCGUCAUCCGAAGAUUUUUAAAUAGCCAAGAGCUCUGCAAACAGGAAUGAGGUAACUUUCCUUCAGGUUUUCUGUUGAAGUUUUUACUUAAAUUACGGGUAGCUGUGGCUGCUGCUUCAGCUACAAGAAUCCGAGAGUUCGGCUUUUCCUAGGGAAAGAAAGAGACCAAGCGC